CCGAGGCCGAGGCCUCGGUAGCCAUGGCGACGGCGAGGCUUUGGGUUUGCGCGGCCUUCUUCUUACUCCCGUUCGGCGCGGGACUGUCGGGAGGCCAGGGCUUCUUCCUCCCGCUGCACCGGCCCCAGGGCUGCGGUGGGACGCAGUACUUUGACAUCGCCAGCCUGAGUUGCGGGCAGUGCGGGGCCUCGCAGAGGAAAAGCUCUCGGGGUACAUCAUGCACUUGUCUACCAGGAUUCAAGUUAGUUUCUGAUAAUGGUGGAUCUUCUAUAGCUUGUGAAAAAUGUCCAGAAAGCAUGAGUGGAGUUACCCAAGAUGGAUGGGACUGCAUUACUUGUCCUAAAGGCUUAACUAGUGAAGGAAGAUGUAAAUGCCCGGUUAAUGAGAUCUUGGUGGAAAGAGACACCAAUGGUGUGGUGUUGGCAGAUGCAUUAUGUGUUCCAUGUGAUGGAAAAGGGAAGUCAUUUGCUACUUCAAAUACAUUAAAUAACAUGUGUAUAAGAUGUGAACCAACAUUCAUCAGUGUAAACAAGUCAUGUAGCUGUUCUGAGCCCAAUAUUUUAACAGGAGGUUUAUGCUUCAGGAGUACGGGGAAUUACCCCCCAAAGGGAAUUGCAACAGUACGCUUUGGAAAGCUAGUAAGUCAUAGUAAUAAUCAUUUUGUUUGCAUGCUGCCAGAGUGUUUGCAUACGUUCAACUUACUAUUUAUAUUCAGGAGUAACUAACAACCUAUGCUUUCUA